GCCAUCUUGAAUAAAAUUUCACGGUGGCAUAAAGUGUAAUUCCAAAUAAAAAAAUAAUGUCAAUAAUGGUGAAUGAGAUACAAAAUAAAAAUUGACAUAAAAAAUCACAAUAUUUUUAAAGACUAAACCAUUUGAAAAUACUCUAAAAGAGUGUGUGAAAAUUAUUAAAAGAUCACCAAUAAAACAAAUCAGCUGUUAUCCGUCAAUCGAUGUCAACAAAAUUACAUAAUUUUGUUUAGAAAAACAGUGUAGCCUCCGAUUUUGAGUGUCAUUUUGAUAUUAGCAAACAUGCAGAUUCAUAUAAAUGUUCUGCAGAACAAAUUAUUCAAGUAAAUGUUUACCCUAAGGGUGCCAAAAUUCUCGACUAAUUUACGACUUUUUGUAGAAUGUAGUCCACAAUACAUUUUUUAAACAUGGAUCACAACAAUAUAAUUGAGUGUGGUGGAUUUUAUUUUAUACACAAUUUUGAUUCGGGAAAUCUUGGUCACGUGGAGCGAGUGCCUACGGAGCUUAUUGCUCCAAGCCUUAACCUAAAAACAAAUACAGCAGAAACCCCGGACUAUGAGUUCAACAUGUGGACUCGGCCAGAUUGUGCCGGCACCGAGUUUGAGAAUGGCAACCGCACCUGGUUUUACUUUGGCAUCCAAGCCAGAGAGCCUCUUGUGACCGUGCGGCUGAAUCUAAUAAACCUGAACAAGCAGGGCAAGAUGUAUAACCAGGGUAUGGCGCCAGUCACGCGGACACUGCCAGGGAAACCACAGUGGGAGAGGAUAAAAGAUCGGCCAGUACAUUCUAUGGACGACAACACAUUCACGCUAAGCUUCAAGUACCGAACGUCAGACAAUCUGAAAGCGACGACGUUUUUCGCGUUCACCUACCCCUUCUCCUUCGCGGAACUACAAAUAGCCCUCAACUCUAUAGACUUAAAGAUGCUGCCGGCACCAGCCCCGCAAGCUCCUGACGAUAUAUACUACUGUAGAGAGUGCGUUGUAUACUCGCUCGAAGGCAGACGAGUGGACUUGCUAACAAUAACCUCUCAUCACGGCAUCACAGCAGAGCGUGAGGACAGACUCAAACACUUGUUCCCCGAGAACAAGCCUAGAGCAUUCAAGUUUCAAAACAAGAAGGUAAUCUUCAUAUCAGCGCGCGUGCACCCCGGCGAAACUCCAUCAAGCUUCGUCUUCAACGGCUUUCUCAACCUGCUCCUAUCGCGCCACGACCCCAUCGCCAUACAACUGCGCAAGCUAUACGUGUUCAAGAUGAUACCGUUCCUCAACCCCGACGGGGUUGCCCGCGGGCACUACCGGACGGACACGAGGGGGGUCAAUCUGAACAGGGUCUAUUUGAACCCCUCGCUGAUUUACCAUCCCACGGUUUACGCGUCUAGAGCGUUGAUAAGGUACUAUCAUUUUGGCUGUGAAAAAGAAGACACGUUCGACGACGCUAAAAGCAUAGCGUCUCGCAGCAUACAGAACAUCAGUGAAGUGAGUGUCGAGAUGCUCGAAUCGAAGAAGAAAAAGGGUCCCCCUUACAAGUCGAAGCCGCUCUCCAACAAGUCCUCGAGCACUCUGAAAGCGCGCCCCUCCACCGGCGACACCAAACAGAGGCAGGGCUCCAAUGAGGGGUCCUUGAUGAUCGAUCAGCUAAUGGACUCGAAGAAGGGUCCCCCAAUGAAAGGGAAACCUUCCUUGCCAUCGAACAAGUCUUCCAACACGCUGAAGCGACCUUCCACGACCGAAGGCUCCAAGCAAAACAGCAAGGCGCCCAGCUCCGGGGAGGAAAACUUGAGCGACCAGGUGGUCGAACUAAAGCUCCGAGAGAUGACGUCACAGACGAUGGAGACGCACUCACCUCGGCCCUCCAACAACCCCUCACUGCUGAACGACGAGACGCUCAGAUCGUGCCUGGGGUCGGCGGUGCACCUGAGCUCGAGCGACGAGCUGAACAUCCAGGGUCACAACCCGCUGCUCCCGCUGCGGGACACGCUCAAGAACAGCAUCAGUCUACUCAUGGGCACGGCCUCUGUCUCUGAGUCCGUUCGCAAAGAGAGCUCGAACGUGCGCAUGGGCUGGUGCAACGACUGCCGGCGCGCCGUCAACAGGCUGCAGGAGACCAUCCCCGGGCUCGCGGGCACCGUGGCCGGGUACAACACCGCCGUGGUUACAACCUCUUUCUCCCUCCAAUCUCGCGAGGGCAGCCCUUGCCGCUCCAUCCAAGAGUACGCAGAAGUUCAGAAACAGCAGUAUGACGAGCAGAAAGCGUUGGAAAGAAAGCUUCAAGACUUAGAGCAGGCGGCAACAGACGAGACCAUUUACUUCUGUACAAACUGCUUCAAGCGGUACAUCGUCACGCAGAAUAACGAGGAAAUUGUACGUUUUUACCAUUGUGAGGUCUCUCUGCGGUUACUACCCCCGCCGCCGGCGCCCAAAGAGAGCCAGGAGAAGAAGCCGCCCGCGCCCGCCGCGCGCUCGCUGCGCAAGAAGCCCGCGCCGCCGCCCAGGCCCAGGGAGCCCGACUCCGGCCUCUUCCUGUACAUAGACCUGCACGGACACGCCUCCAAGAAAGGUAUCUUCAUGUACGGGAACCACUUCGAGGAUUCUGAAGCGUCGGUGGAGUGCAUGCUGCUGCCGCGGAUCAUGUCUCUCAACAACAUGCACUUCCACUUCUCCUCCUGCAACUUCACCGAGCGGAACAUGUAUCUCAAAGACCGUCGCGACGGCAUGUCCCGCGAAGGCUCCGGGCGCGUGGCCGUGCUCAAGGCCACCGGGCUCGUGCGCUCCUACACGCUGGAGUGCAACUACAACACGGGCCGACUGGUCAACAUCCUGCCGCCCGCGGUCAAAGAUGCCCCCGGCCCGCCCGUGGUGCAGCCAGUGCCACCCAAGUACACGCCGCAUAUAUUCGAGGAUAUAAGGGCCCGCAAUAAGAAUCUGGAGAAUGCGGAAGAUAUAGAUCCCUGGCAGGUGGGGCGUUCCCUCGGCGCGUCGAUCUUGGACCUAACUGGGCAUCAUCCCAACUCGCGGGUCCCAUGCUCCGAGCACCGCACGCUCGCCUCCGUGCGAGACUGGCUGCGCGCGCACACGAGAACUGUACGCCCCACGCUGACGAUGUCCCGGCUGCGGCCGAAGACGUCGUCGCCGACGCGCGCGCCGCUGUACGCGCGCUCCAAGGCCAAGGUGACGGACCUGGACCGCAAGGAGAACACGUACCUCGGCGCCAAGGCCGACGAGCGCCGCACGCCGCCCGCGCGCUCCGUGCACGACCUCGCCGCCGCCGCCGCGCGCUCCGAGCGCGCGCGCUACCUCGACGCCGCCGCCGAGCCCAAGCCCAAGACGCUCGGCAAGCGCCGCAACGUGCUCGCCGUGCGCAAGCCCAACGCCAGCAAGACGCUCCUCGCCAAGCAGAAGCCCGCGCGCCGCUCCGCCGACGACGACAGCCCGCGGCCCUCGCUGCUGUCCGCCAAGGUCGGCUCCAAGCGCAGCCUGCACCGCGCCGCGCGCGCCGCCUCCCGCACCGACGCCAACCGCUGCCGCGCCAUGGCCUCCUCCUCCUCCGAGGAGGUGGCCGCCUGGGAGGACGUGCCCGGCGGCACGCUGGCCGACUCGCUCUCCGCCGCCGGCAAGCGCCGCGUGCAGGCCUUCGCCGCGCCGCAGCUCAAGAAGAUCCGCCUCAAGACCGCCUUGUAGCGCAAGCCGCGCGCGCGCCCCAAGCCCGCGCCCGCACCCGCACCCGCACCCGCGCCCCCGUCCGACUGACCCGCGGGCCGGCCGCCUUAACCGUUCGCCUGACCGUAUGUCUCGACGUUUUAGAAAUAAUGUAUUCCAC